CAUCGCGCUAAACGGCAAGUUACAAUAAGUGGUCCCCACAGCGCACACAAGAUAGCUGGCAGAAUCGAUUACCACUAUGGAGACAGAGUAUCCUCCUCUGAUGAGAACUCAUCGACUGAACCUAGAGUUAAUCAGAAAUUGACCAUGAAGCACACAGCAAAUAUUGCGAGCCAUGAAGUUGUGGAUAUCGGAGAUAAUGCUCCCACUGAACGAAACGUGGAAAACAUCAAUCCAGAAGGCGAUAAAACAAACCCAUCAGAUAACGAAGCAAAGAACACACACGAAAAUGAUGAACUGAACGAGCCGAAUGACAGCAAGAAUGCGCUGAUAGAUUUGGAGUCAAAUAGCGUUGAAAAAACUGAAAAACCGAACGAAUCACCAAUAGCUGAUAAUGCUGGCAACACUAAAGAAGAGAAACAAGAGAUUCAAUCCAGUAUAUCGCAGGAGAGAUAUGACCGUUCUAAAUACACGUCUGAAGAAAUUAAGUUGGGACAUAACGAUAAAGUAAUAAACGAUGUACCGGCAGAUUACGAUAGAGUUAAAGAAGCAAAAACAGACAUGGACGAGUAUAACAAAGAUUGUCCAACCGCCUGCCCGUCUCGAGACACGAUGUUGUGUGCGCGUUGUAACCACGGGGUGUAUCGUACUUUUAUGAGCGUAUGCCAUUUGAGGGUAUUCGCAUGCAAACACACAGAUGAAAGAUUGACAUUAGUAUCUCGAACACCAUGUGUUCAGUCCGCACCGUUCCUCACCGACAUGCCGGAUCCAGAAGGGCGCGUCUCGGAACCCGCUGACCGGGAUCCCGUGAUGCAAUUCAUAGUAUGCAGAGCAAAGGGUUUAUUGAAAAAAGGCGAUCCAAAGUGCAGUUUUGAUAAUAUUUAACAUUCAAUCAAU